CGAAGCGCAACACGAGAUCUCCGAAGCGUCUUGAGAGAUUAAGGCGGCCCAGCAGCAAUUGCGUGGGGCCUCAACGAACAGCGCCUGCGAGGCGACCCUGAAGGCGAUGCUCAAGGCGGCGCGGAAGAAGCGCAGCAUCGCGAGGUGGAGAGCACUGGAAAAGUUCUUCGAGGGCUAUGUACGGCAGCUCGAGAAGAAGAGCCGCGAGGGGGAUCAGGCGGGUUUCUACAGGCACCUGAAGAUGAUCGACGUCGAAGGUAAGAGGUCCUUCACAUCUCAGAACACCAAGGACGAGGACGGCAAGGUAAUUCGGGACCCCACGUUUAUUCGCCAACGGUGGGCACGGUGGUUCCACAANCUUCUCAACACCAAGUCGCCGACCAUCGACCUGCAUGCGGCUGACAAGGUCAAGCAGUGGCCCACGUACGUGCCACUCGACGACAUCCCAUCUCUACCUGAGGUUGAGGAAGCGGUACGGGAAAUGGCCAAUAGAAAGGCCGUCGGGCCGGACGACCUACCGGCUGAGCUGAUCACGCUUUUCCUGGACGGAGAUCAAGGUCUCCUCCGCGAGUUCCACGCCAUUGUCGUGGACGUGUGGCUGACGGGGGGCAUGCUGGCGGUCAUUCGCCACUUCCACGAGGGCAUGAGGGCGCGGGUCCGAACGGACGACGGGCAGUACUCGGAAUGGUUCCACGUGGGCCGAGGCCUCCGACAGGGAUGCAACCUGGCCCCGCUGCUGUUCAACUUGUUCUUUGCCGCGAUGCUCAUGUUCGCCGUGGUCGAGUUCGACAAGGAUCCCAAGGUGACGGACAUGGUCAAGAUCGGGGCACAAGUGGAGUAAACGGGCAAGAAGGGCAGGUCUGCGGGGAAGAAGACGACGGCGGUGACGGACGCGGAGGCCUUGUGGGCCAUGCUCUACGCUGACGACGCGGCC